AUGACGGAGGUUGCAGCCAAAAUUGUGUGGAAGAUCAGCCAGGGGCAUCUGGAAUGUCCGAUCUGUUGCUGUCUUUUCAAAGAUCCCAAGAUGCUGGACUGUCUGCACAGCUUUUGCCUGAAGUGUCUGGAAGAGAUGAUGAGCAGACAGAAGCCAGAGGCAGAGAAGAUAACAUGUCCAGUCUGCAGGAGAGAGACGCAAGUUCCUGAUGCAGGAUUGCAGAGUCUAGCUUCGUCUUUCUUUCUAAGUUCUCUUGUCGAUGAGGUCAAACAACAGGAGGAGGUAUUAGGAGAGGCAUCAGCACCUACUACCACUUGUGACUGUGGAGAAGGCAAGGAGGCCACUUGGAGGUGUCUUGAUUGUAGUGAUAACCUCUGCCAGAAAUGCCACGAAGCUCAUGAGAGGGUCAAGUACACCAAAGACCAUCAAAUCAUUUCAUUGGGAGAUUGGCAGAAAUCAAAGAUCCCUCCAGCAGAACAUAGCAAGCCCAUCACCCGAAUGUGUAUGAUCCACCAUGACCAUCCGCUGUGUUUCUUCUGUGACACCUGCAACACCUUAAUCUGCUCAAUGUGUGCCACAUUAGAUCAUCGGUCGGCAGAGCACAAUUUGCUAAAGAUUGAUGACACUAUCAGGUCCUUCCGCAGUGAGGUCGACUACAUACUGCAGAAGUUCGAGAAAUGCAGGCAGCGCUUCAAAUCUACUGAAAAAUCAAUCGAACAUGCACGAAAAAGAUUACAAAAGAAACUGGCUCAGGCUCGUAGUGCUAUUGAUGCAAAAGCAAAGGCAGAGAUCACUAAAAUCAGAAACAAAGCAAAGCUUCUCACCAAAAAGGUAGACAAAAUUGGUCAGGAGAGAGACAGUGAGUUCAAAAAGGCGCUCAUGCACAACCGUGACCAGAUGAAAUGGGCAGAUCAGAUCAUCACGGCAGUAAAUGACUUGAUGAGUCAAGCCGAUGAUUUUGAGAUUUUGGAGCUCAAACCAAAGGUGAUGCACAACUUGGAAUUCCAGAAGGAGCUAAAGUUUGAACCUGCAAAUCAUGGUCCAUCGUUCAUCGGUGUCAGAUGUCAAGACGUUGUCAGUGAUGCAGAGCUGGGGGAGGUCUGUGUCAGUGAGAAAUGGCAGUUAAAGGAAGAGUUCGGCAACGAAGGUACUGGUGACGAGGAAUUCAAAUUCGCCAGGGCUGUUGCAUGUUUCAGCAACGGGGACAUCGUAGUAACUGACACAAAUUUGAAACGGUUAUCGUUGUUUAGCUCCACUGGUCGGUAUAAAACAUCGGUUGCUAAAGGAGAUGUUAAGCAUCAGUUGGAAGCUCCUUAUGGCAUUGCCAUGACCCAUGAUGAUCUGCUUUUUGUCACGGACAAAAAGAAAGUGAAGGUUUUUGACACUGAGCUCCACUUUGUUCGUGAGUUUACACCUUCGGCUAACGAUGCCGAUGGGCAAUCAGAGAGUUACCUCACUGCAGUUGCUGUUGACAGUCAACGAGUAGCAGUCGCUGACUGGGGGAGAAAGGUCAUCAGUGUCCACAACUUGGACGGAUCGUUGAUUUCAAGCAGCUCAAAUAACAUGGUUGACUAUGACUUGGCAAUAAGCAAUUUCGGCUGUUUAGUCUUUGCAAACUUCGAGGGCCAAAGUUUGCUGUGCGUUAACUUUAAAGGUAAAGAGAUGUUCAGUGUGAAGACACUCAUGAAUGGCAAAGCUGCUAAGGCAAAUGGUGUCCUGUGUGAUGAUGAUGAGACCAUCUAUGUUCUUGUUCAUUCUGGAAAUAGGGGAAGCUCUGCAGUGCAGCGUUACGAUUCAAAUGGUGCAUUCCUAGCAACAGUAGCUCAAGGGUUGUACAAUCCGUUAGGAAUGGCAUUCACUCCCACUGGAGACGUAGUUGUUGCUGACCGACACUCCAUUAAGAUCUUUGAGCGGAUGUGAUUUGCCUGAUUAUGGCCCCUCCAAAAAGCUAACCGCUGUACAUGAACUGGGGCUAACCUGCAUCCAAUGAUUUGCCUUACACAUUACAAUUAGUAUGCACAGGCUAGGCGACAAAGUUUAAUGAGCUAUGAUAUCAUUACUUCAUUUACAUACAGCCAAUUACAGGGCCCAGUGGUUUGGGAAGUAAUGAGUAAUCAUCAAGCGAUCACAUGGUGACCUAAUUUAACCGCAUGCAUACACAGUAAACAAAUGACGAUUAGCCAAUCAGCAUGCAGUACCCAGUGUGAAGAGCUAGCUAGCGGCGAGUUGCACUUGCGAGCACACACAAAAGCCAAAAUUGGGUCAAUGGUCGAUUAUACAGUCGAUCAACCCUUCAGAUUGAUUAAUGGUUUAUGAAUAUGGCAUAUGUCAAUUUCAUUCAAAUUUGGUUUUAAUGUUCACUAGAGUUGACGGCAACUAGCUGUGCAGUUACUUUAAUAAUAAACUUUGUGAGUAACGGACAAAUAGACCACUCCGUAGGCAAUCUGGUGGAGCGACUCGUCCACCUCAAAAGCAUGUAUUGUUAAUGGAUGUGUGACAGAGUCAGUGAGCCGAAGUGCGAAAGUUGUAGGUUUCUGAAUUUGAUGGGUAUACCUACAUAAAAUGUUUCCACAAGCAUAAAUAUUUGGUUUCUACAGCAAGCAGACAAACUAAAUUUACAUUGGGUACAGUUACUAUGUUCAGUACCCGUUUCUUUUAGGAGUUAUGUUUUCAGUAAGUCGAGGGUGUAUGCAUUAGCCUAUACCCAUCUGUGUGUGAGUACAGCGCGUAUUUCAAUGCUGGUCGUUUGUAUGGAGGAUGGCAAUUUACUUGUUGUAAUGAAGGCCCCGCAGAACAUGACAUGUUGUAGUUGAACCAGGGCUAUAUAGAGCUGCUACAUUCCUGAAAUUAUAAUAUUUACCCAGAUUGUAAAACCCGUUCAAAAUUGGAUUAACUGGUAACGUUGGUGUGUUAUCAGUUAAUCUCCCUCAUUGCAUUUCGGCAUGUGCGUUGGCCCCAUAGAGCUAUAUUAAUUACUAGAGCUCUAACUCGUCAUUCUGCACGCGGUAACGCUUUGAAGCC